CAACAAAAAUGGCAAACAUCUCACACUCUACAUUCAUGUUCACCAUUAUUAUCCUCAUCUCGACCGCGAAAACUGCCACAUUCGAUAUUCUUAACCGAUGUAGUUACACCGUGUGGGCUGCGGCAAGCCCGGGAGGUGGCAGGCGACUUGAUGCCGGCCAGUCAUGGAGGUUAGACGUUGCCGCCGGCGCCAAAAUGGCACGGAUUUGGAGACGGACCAACUGUAACUUUGACCCCUCCGGCAAAGGUCGAUGUCAAACUGGUGACUGUAGUGGUGGACUUCAAUGUACUGGUUGGGGGCAGCCACCAAACACGUUGGCUGAGUACGCCUUGAACCAAUUCAACAACUUAGAUUUCUACGACAUAUCACUUGUCGAUGGAUUCAACAUUCCUAUGGAGUUUAGCCCAACAAGCUCGAACUGCCACCGGAUAGUAUGCAACGCAGACAUAAACGGACAGUGCCCGAACGAGUUAAGAGCCCCGGGUGGUUGCAACAACCCGUGCACGGUUUAUAAGACGAAUGAGUAUUGUUGUACGAACGGACAAGGUUCAUGUGGCAGUACUGGGUUCUCAAGAUUCUUCAAACAGAGGUGUCCCGACGCCUACAGUUAUCCACAAGACGACCCGACUAGCACUUUCACUUGUACUUCCACUAACUAUAGGGUCGUGUUUUGUUCUUAAGGCUAUAUAGCUCGGUGCUACGAGUCCCACCAGCUCCCGAUAUAGAUGGUCAGCGAGGAGCAAUAAAUAAUUAAGUGACUUUUCUUUAUUUACUAGAAAAUUACCCAUGCGUGGGUUAUAAAAUAAAAUAUUUUGUAUGUAAAAAAAAAAUUUCAUUAAAUUAUAUAUGAAAUUUACAUGAUCUUAUUUA